AUGGUGGCUACUUUCCGCUGCACGAAGAUCCGAAAGCCCGAAUCCAUCGUACUCAUCCUUUUCAUGCCGACGGCGGUCCGCUCCGACACCGCUCUGUCUGCCUGA